AUGAGGAAAGUGCAGCCAAAAGAAGAAGAGCAAGAACAGCCAGAAGCCUCCUCCGAUGGUGCCAUUAGUGAUUCCGAUGAGGAAAGUAAAGGCAACAAGAAGAACAGAGAACAACCAGAAGCCUCCUCGAUGGGCCAUAGUGAUUCGAUGAGGAAAGUAAAGGCAACAAGAAGAGCAAAACAACCAGAAGCCUCCUCGGAUAGUGCCAUUAGUGAUUCCGAUGAGGAAAGUAAAGGCAACAAGAAGAACCAAGAACAACCAGAAGCCUCCUCGGAUGGUGCCAUUAGUGAUUCGGAUGAGGAAAGCAAAGGCAAAAAGCAGAAGAGAACAGAACAACCAGAAGCCUCCUCUGAUGGCGCCAUCAGUGAUUCAGAUGAGGCAAGUGCAGGCAACAAGCAGAAAAGCAAAGCCCCACCAGAGGCAUCUUCUGAUGGGGAUAUCAGUGAUGCAGAUGAGGAAAGUGCCGCCGCAAAGUCCAAUCAAACAGCAAGUGAGCCUGUCCAAGGCGCAAUUGGCAACAUGAUCAUGGCCAUAGGAGGGGAGCUGGCAGAUGGUGUUUCUCAGUUGACAGGUACCAAGGCUCAGUCCAACAAUGAUGUAGUUGAAAAGUCAAGCACAAAGGAAACAAAAAGCAAGGAGAUCAGUGGUGACAGCAAGGAUGUCUCAUCAUAUGGAGAGACAGGCAAGAAAAGUGCUGGCAGCAACAAAGAUGCAAAAGGGUCAAGUUCCAAGCAAACUGAGGCUGAUUCAGGAAGUGAAGAUGGGAGCAGUGCAUCAGAAGAAACUGAAACCAACAAAAAGGCAGAUAAGGGGAACAAGAAAAAAGACACAAAGAACCCAAGCUCCAAGCAGACCAGUGAUUCAGAAAGUGAAGAAGGGAGUAGUGAGUCUGAAGAGGAGGCCAUCGAGAAGCCAAAGAAGAAAAGUGAUGGCAAGGAAAAGAAGGGCUCAAAGGCUAGCGAUUCAGAAAGUGAAGAAGGGAGCAGUGAGUCUGAAGAGGAGGCCAGUAAGAAGCCAAAGAAGAAAAGUGCUGACAAGGAAAAGAAGGGCUCAAAGGAUAGCCAUUCAGAAAGUGAAGAAGGGAGCAGUGAGUCUGAAGAGGCUGAGGCAAGUAAGAAGUCAAAGAAGUCAAGGAAGCCAGAGAAGAAAAGUGAUGGCAAGGAAAAGAAGGGCUCGAAGGCUAGUGAUUCAGAAAGCGAAGAAGGGAGCAGUGAGUCUGAAGAAGCUGAGGCCAGCAAGAAGUCAAAGAAGCCAAGCAAGCAGAGUGAUGAGAAGGAAAAGAAGAGCUCAAAAACAAGUGAUUCGGAAAUUGAAGAUGGGGACAGUGGGUCUGAAGGGUCUGAGGGAAGCAAAAAUGGAAAGAAGGCAAGCAAAAAGAGUGAUGACAAGAAGAAGAAAGGCUCAAAGACCAGCGAUUCAGAAAGUGAUGAAGAGAGCAGUGGAUCUGAAGAAGCCAAGUCCAACAAAAAAUCAAAGAAGCCAAGCAAGAAAUCAAAGGCCGGUGAUUCAGAAAGUGAAGAAGGGAGCAGUGAGUCUGAAGAGGCCGAGACCAGCAAGAAACCAAACAAGGAUGGUAGUGAGAAGAAAAAGAAGGCCUCAAGGUCUAGUGAUUCAGAAAGUGAAGAAACUGAUGAAGGGAGCAAAGGGUCUGAGGACAGCAAAAAGGGGAAGAAGACAAGCAAGAAGAGCGAUGACAAAAAGAAGAGCCCCAAGAAGGCAACAAAAGAAGAUGAUGGUGGUAGUAGCUCAGAAUAUGAGAGCCUGUCUGAAGAAGUUGUAUCCAUGAGCAGCGAGGGCUCUGGCGAUGGGAAGGGGGAAAAGAAGGGUAUCGCUGUUAAAAGGGUGAAAGUGAAGGAGGAGAUGAGUUUCAAUCAUUCUAUUGGAGAUUUUUCUUCUGAACCUCCACCCAGACGCGGGAGCAACUUUGUUGGUCGGCGACAAGGGAGAUUCACUGAGUACUAUAGGAUCCAAGAUCAGCUUGGGAAGGGUUCGUUUGCCAGCGUGUACUCGGCAAAAAACAAAGAAACAGGAGUUACUCUUGCAGCAAAAGAGAUGAAGAAAUCGCCCGAGAACGAACCAAACAACAAGCUCGUCCUUCAGGAAUUCGAAAUCCUCAAGGAUUUGGAUCAUCCGAAUAUCAUUGUGGUGUAUGUGUCAAUUGACAAUGAUAUGUUUACUUACUACUUAUGCAAUGAAAACCACCGUGUCGCAGAACUUUUUGAGAAUGAGGAGUUCUACGUUCUAGUUUCAGAUAUCUGCAAGGGCGAGAGCUUGACGACGGAACUAAUGGAUGAAGAUGAAUGCCCGUAUUCCGAGAAAAGGGCGGCAGAAACAAUGAAACAGAUUCUCUCCUGUGUGGACUACUUUCACGGUGUCGGAGUGGUUCAUAGAGACUUGAAAGAUGGAAACAUACUGUUGGAAGAAGACGACCCGGACCGGAUUCGAAUUAUCGACUUUGGCAUGGCGACACGCUGCGAGCCUGAUGAAAAGCUAUCUGAAACAGUGGGAACUGUCGAGUACAUGGCUCCGGAGGUGCUUGGGAUGAGUUACAGCUAUCCUUGCGACAUCUGGUCAUGCGGGGUUAUACUUUUCUUGUUAUUGUCUGGCAAGCAGCCGUUCAAAGGUUCGACAAACGAAGAAACCUUUGCGAAUAUCGUGAACGGCGAAUUUUCGUUUUCGGAUGAAGCGUGGGAGUCCGUUUCUCUCGAUGCCAAGGAUUGCGUGUACAAGUUGCUGACAUGGGAUGCAAGUUUGCGUCCCACGGCUGCUCAAGCACUGGAGCAUCCCUGGAUUGCCAGCAAUGGAACAAGCCGCGUUAUCAAGACUCUCGAGCCGCCGAAAAAGGAGGAAGUGGAAGUUACGAAGCCUCCCGAGAAAACCGAAGUUGCGGAGCCUCCCGAGAAAGUUGAAGCUGUCGAAACAAAGAAAGAAAAAGAAGAGGUAGAAAUCGACGCGGAAUCAAAACUAAAAGAUGCUGCGUGCACAUUCAUUGCCUCGCAACUCCUCCCGAAGUCAGAAAAGUCGAAAAUCAAGGCAGUUUUCCAGACAAUCGAUGGCGACAAGGAUGGCAAACUCACAAGAAGCGAAGUUCAAGUCGGAUAUGCUGAAGUGUUCGGAAAGGACCUCAGUAUCGGUGAGUUGGAUAGUGCCUUCAAGCUUUUCGACGCUGCUGGGAGUGAAACGCUCGACUACGCCGGAUUUGUGCUUGGUGCUCUGGACAAGAAGAAUCUUCUGAGCAGGGAAAAUCUGGCUACAAAAGUGUUCCAAAUUUUUGACAAGGACAAAACCGGAGACAUAACUAUGCAGGAGUUCAAGGACCUUUUGAAGUUUGACCUUUCGCUGGAAAAGAAGGCCGUCAAGAAGAUCUCUGCGGAGAUGGGGAAGAAUGCAGACGACAAGGUCUCAUUCGAUGAAUUCCUCCAAAUUGCGGGCAUCCCCGCAGCUCUAAUUGAGGCAAAAACACCAGCCCCAACCAGUGAAGCAGACAAGGUUUCGAAUGCGGAGGCCGAAUCAGAGGAACCUUUAAGUGAUCCAGCGACAACGGAAUCUGAAGAUCCAGCGACAACGGAGUCUGAAGAUCCGCUGGAUCGGAGUGAAGGGAGCCUCAGCAUCAAGCUUAGUGCAACCCAAUUUGUUUCCCACCGUUUGGGCAAGUUGACUGAACACUAUGAAAUCGUCGAAUUCAUCGCAAAAGGGAGCUACGGAACCGUGUGCUCCGCUCUUCAUAAGGAAUCCGGUACAGUUCGGGCCGUGAAAGAGCUGAAGAAGGCCAAGAAAAACAAAGCCAAGAAUGAGCAGCUUCUCAAGGAGUUCCAUAUUCUCAAGAAGCUCAGUCACCCAAAUAUCAUUCAAAUGCAUGAGGUAUGUCGAUCUUUCGAGGGUGGAGACCUGCAUCGAGAGAUUAAGAAGCGAGGCACCUUUGAGGAACAGGACGCUGCCAUAUUGAUGAAGCAGAUUUUCAUUUGUCUAAACUAUUUGCACAAGAACAAUGUCAUCCAUCGAGACUUGAAACCUGGGAAUGUUCUGCUGGAAGAACACAAGAAUCUCAACCAUAUCAAACUUAUUGACUUCGGAGAAGCGAUCGUAUCAAAACCCACGAUCAAGUUGACCGAACUUGCUGGCACCAUGUCAUAUAUGGCUCCCGAGGUGUUGGGCAUGUCUUAUGGACAGAAGUGUGAUGUUUGGUCUUGUGGCGUUAUAGCCUUUAUUGUUCUUACUGGAAAGCAACCGUUCAAGGGGGAGACGGACAAAGAAACAUUCACCAACAUUGUCAGUGGGGCGGUAAAGUAUGAUGAUCCCGUCUGGGAAUCCCUGUCGGAUGAAUCUCAGGAAUUCGUAAAACUGCUUUUGACAUGGGACGAGACCCAAAGACCCACUGCAGUGGAGGCUCUCAAGCACCCGUGGCUAAAGAUGAAACGACGUGUAACACCAGCAGGUUUGAGGGACACCACCAUGCAGGCUCUCGCUAAUUUGGAAGCCUUCGACGCCCAGUCGAAGCUGAAAAUUGCAACGUGCACGUUUAUCGCAUCCCAACUGAUGGAUAGAGAAGAGAAAGAGAAAAUCGAUGAUGUCUUCCGAGCCAUUGACCUGAACCAUGACGGAAGCUUAAACCGAGAAGAGGUCAAGUUAGGCUACGAGAAGUACUUUGGUAAAGAACUCACCGAUCAAGAAAUCGAUACAAUAUUCUUGCACGUCGACGCCGAUGGUACUGGGGAACUUGAGUACUCUGAGUUUCUUUUCGGGGCGAUGGACAAGCAGAACUUGCUCAGCAAGGAAAACCUGAAGAAGGCUUUUAGGAUCUUUGAUGUUGAUGACGAUGGGGAUCUUACAAAAGGGGAACUCAAGACACUUCUCGGAGAAGCUUUGACGGACGAUGACUCGGUUGAUGAGAGAGCUUUGAACAAAUUGAUAGCUCAGGUUGACUUGGACGGAGAUGGAAAGAUUAGCUACAAAGAGUUUGUGAGCAUGGCGCUUGGACCCCAAAGCGGAAGUUUAUCGUCACUGUCACACGAUGAAAAGGAGAACAAGGAAGCAAACAAACCAGAGGAGAAACCAGACGAAGUUCAAAAGAAGGAUGUGGAAAGUCCAAAGGACGACGUGGCGGCAGACAAAUCCGUGCCCUUGGUGGAAGAGCCUCCCAAGAGGGAGCCAGAGACGAAAGAAACGAAACGCGACGACGAGUCAACUCUUGACGACCCUCUGCUAAAGAGAAUCGCAAGGGCCAGCCAAAAACAACCAAAGGUUUCCCGAAGUAAUCGAGACCCACCGAUUAAUCGUGCUGCUCGAAGGGACCCCCCGACCGACCCGCAUUCUGUAGAGAAUGGCGCCCUUCCGGACCCCCCGCGAGUGAUGGAUAGGGUUUUGAUGAAAGCUGCGAGGCAAGUUCCACUUGAGCCGUACUCGCGGGACGAUAUCCACCGCCAGCCUCUUCAGCAACGUGUGUACAGGAAACCGGGCACCUCUCAAGCAGUGCGAAACCUGAAAGUAUCUCCUCGAGUCAAGAGAAUUGAAGAGGCGUGCGAAGGUUUUGAUCGGGUUCAAGAGAAGAUUGCCCGUCUUCGAGUGCUUCUAAGCUCCCAGGAUGCCGUUUCGAAACAACCAAGACCGUUCUCAACUGAGCAGCGUGUGCGGAUCAGAAAACCAGGGAAGAGUCCAAACGUUGAGACUCUUGACAGCGCCUUCGCAAAGCUGAACCAGAUCCAGAGCAAAAUGCGUGCCCUUCAGACACUUGUCAAGUCAAAUCAAAUUCGGUGA